GUUGAGUAUGGCCGAAGAUCCUCUCUACUGUCUCUGGUAUGGCUCCAGAUUUGGGAAAUAUCUGUAGCUGAACUGAUUAUAUACCAAAGAUGGAAGCUAACAGAACAUAAAGCUCCAGGACAGCUACAGCUUUUUAGCCUUUUGGUGUCUCUUCGGUUUAGACGAAUACCCUGCUGUGAUGGCAUCAGAGGAUGAUGUCAGUCUGCUGGUCAUCGUCGUGGAUGUAAAUCCGAUAUGGUGGGGCCAGCAAGCUCAGCGUGAGCCAGAGUUCACGCUGUCCAAGUGUCUGGAUGCUGUCAUGGUGGUGGGGAACUCCCAUAUGGCCAUGACCAGGACAAACAAGCUGGCUGUCAUCGCAAGCCAUUGUCAAGACAGUCACUUCCUGUUUCCCAGUAAAAGCUGGAGAGCUGGGGACAGCGGUGGAGAUGAUGCAUCCUCCAGCGGGGAUGGAAAGUAUGAACUCCUGUCAGUCGCCAACAACCUUAUUGCCGAAGAGAUCAGGAAUGUUAUGUCGAAAACUGAAGUGAGGGGGAAUUCAACAGAUACUCUGUUGGCUGGAUCCCUUGCCAAAGCUCUCUGCUAUAUUCACAGGGUCUCAAAAGAGCUCGAUGUUGCGCAGGAGAUGAAAUCAAGAAUAUUGGUGAUAAAAGCAGCUGAGGACUGUGCCCUCCAGUACAUGAACUUCAUGAAUGUGAUUUUUGCUGCCCAAAAGCAGAACAUCCUGAUAGACGCCUGUGUGUUGGACUCGGACUCGGGUCUCCUUCAGCAGGCUUGCGACAUAACUGGAGGAUUGUACCUCAAGAUACCACAGAAAAUUGCUCUGGCACAAUACCUUUUAUGGGUGUUCCUGCCUGACUUGGAGCAGCGUUCACAGCUCGUGCUGCCACCGCCUGCACAUGUGGACUACAGAGCUGCAUGUUUCUGUCAUCGUAACCUCAUUGAGAUUGGUUAUGUGUGCUCAGUUUGUCUGUCAAUAUUCUGCAACUUCAGCCCCAUUUGUACAACUUGCGAGACUGCCUUUAAAAUCCAACUACCACAGAUGGUCAAGCCCAAAAAGAAGAAACUCAAGCAACCUACAUGAUUUUUUUGCUGGGAUUACACUAAUCUAGUCUUUUUUUGAUAUUAAGAUUAUACCAUUUUGCUUGGUAUAAAUUUGUAAAAAGCUUCAAGAAACGCCUUUGAGGCACAACAGCCAUAUGAACAUGUUAACUUGGCUAAAAUUGGCUGUCUUUACAUGUACAUUGAGGCUGUUUUCAAAAGAAUACUUGAUAACUCCAGUCUCAUCUCAAGUUUACCCCAACCUGACAAAUAUUUCUUAUUUGUGGAAAUAAUUGUUUCCCCCCUCCAUAAAACAUGCAGUCAAACAUUUGGCCCAAGUAUAUUCACAAGUCUAAACUGAUGUGAUUGCUUUGUUCAUAUUGAUAGAAACAACUGGCACUAAACUUUUAGCAGUUGAUGAUGUUGGGUAAAGAUAAUUUUCUCAGCCUAUAUGUAAAUUGAGUUAAUGCUUUGGAAAAAAAGCAACUUUGGACAGUU